UUGAUCCCCUCAUUUUCAUUUCUUUCUGGAAGCGCCCUGCUUUCUAACCGCCGAUCCUCGUCAAUGGCGGGAAGACUAGGGUUCGGCUCUUCGUCUGCCGCUGCGAUGGGCAUGAUCGUCACCAACACACCAGCAGCAGAUCUCGCCCUCACCAAUUUUGCUUAUUGCUCGGCCGCAGAUCUUCGGAAGUUCUCCGUCCCUGGAUCGAAACUCUUUUUCGCUUCCAUCGCUGAUUCCGUCGUUAAAUUUCAUACUCCUCAUGAAAGUAUACGUGAUGGUCAUAUUGGCUUGAAUGCCAUCCAACGCCGGCAUACCAAAGUUUCUACUGGGGACACAAUAUCCGUUAGUAGAUUUGUUCCACCUGAUAACUUCAAGCUAGCGUUGCUGACUCUGGAGUUGGAAUUUGUCAAAGCCAAGGGUAAAAAUGAACAGGUUGAUGCUGUUCGUCUGGCAGAACAACUUCGAAAAAGAUUCAUUAACCAGGUUAUGACAACAGGGCAGAAGGUAUCAUUUGAAUACUGUGGAACAAACUAUAUCUUUACUGUCAAUCAGGCUGCAGUAGAGGACCAGGAAGACAUGAACAAGGGAAUGGUGUCUGCAGAAACCUAUUUUGUGUUUGAAACUUCUCCAAGCUCCGGAAUUAAGAUAGUCAAUCAACGUGAAGCUGCUAGUAGCAAAAUCUUUAGGCAGAAGGAAUUUAAUCUUCAAAGUCUGGGAAUAGGUGGACUGAGUGCAGAAUUUGCAGAUAUAUUUCGGAGAGCGUUUGCUUCCCGUGUAUUUCCCCCACAUGUUAUCAAUAAAUUGGGUAUCAAGCAUGUCAAGGGGAUGUUACUUCAUGGGCCACCUGGUACUGGAAAGACUCUUAUGGCUCGCCAAAUCGGGAAAAUGUUAAAUGGAAGGGAUCCUAAGAUUGUUAAUGGGCCUGAAGUCUUAAGUAAAUAUGUUGGAGAGACUGAAAAGAAUGUAAGGGACCUGUUUGCUGAUGCUGAGAAUGACCAACGAACUCGGGGUGAUCAAAGUGAUCUGCAUGUUAUCAUUUUUGAUGAAAUUGAUGCUAUUUGCAAGUCAAGAGGAUCUACUAGAGAUGGUACUGGAGUACAUGAUAGCAUCGUGAACCAGCUCCUUACGAAGAUAGAUGGCGUCGAAGCUUUGAAUAAUGUUUUGCUGAUUGGAAUGACUAACCGAAAGGAUUUACUUGAUGAAGCCCUUUUGAGACCUGGACGCUUGGAGGUUCAAGUUGAGAUAAGCCUUCCUGAUGAAAAUGGUCGUCUACAAAUUCUUCAAAUACAUACAAACAAGAUGAAAGAGAACUCUUUUCUUGCUGCUGAUGUGAACCUUCAGGAACUUGCUGCUCGGACGAAGAACUUCAGUGGAGCAGAACUUGAAGGUGUUGUAAAAAGUGCAGUGUCAUUUGCUUUGAACCGCCAAACAAGUCUAGAUGAUCUUACUAAGCCCUUGGAUGAGGAGAACAUAAAAGUUACCAUGGAUGAUUUUUUGAAUGCCCUCCAAGAAAUUAUCCCUGCAUUUGGAGCAUCAACAGAUAAUCUGCAAAGAUGCAGAGUUAAUGGCAUUGUGGACUGUGGUGAGAGCCAUAAACAUAUUCUUCAAAGAGCUAUGCUUCUAGUAGAGCAAGUCAAACUUAGCAAGGGUAGCCCACUUGUUACUUGCCUUCUGGAAGGUCCAAGUGGCAGUGGUAAGACUGCGUUGGCAGCUACAAUUGGUAUUGACAGUGACUUCCCCUAUGCUAAGAUAGUCUCAGCAGAAACGAUGAUUGGUCUUAGUGAAAGCAGUAAAUGUGCACAAAUUUCCAAGGUUUUUGAGGAUGCUUACAAGUCUCCAUUGAGCAUCAUCGUCCUAGAUGACAUUGAAAGGUUAUUUGAAUACGCACCAAUUGGACCACGCUUUUCAAAUGUGAUUUUACAGACAUUGCUGCUCUUCAUCAAACGACUUCCUCCAAAGGGUAAACACUUGCUGGUGAUUGGAACGACUAGCGAGGUGGGCUUCCUGGAGUCUGUUGGCAUCUGCAAUGCUUUUUCACUCAGUUACAGUGUCCCAACACUGCGAACCGCAGAUGCUAAAAGGGUUUUGGAACAACUCGGUGUGUUUGAUGCAGACCAUAUUGAUACAGCAGCUGAAUCGUUGAACAAUAUCCCUAUCAAGAAGCUGUAUAUGCUGGUGGAGAUGGCUGCUCAUGGACCAGAGGGAGGGAGUGCUGAUGCUAUUUACUCUGGCAGAGAAAAGAUUAACAUUAACCAUUUCUUCGAUUGCCUUGGUGAUGUUCUAUCAUUUCGCUAAUUUCCACUGAUAUCACUGCAACAAGCCUCAUGACCUGGAAAUCUUUGGGGACUGAACUUUUUUUUUUAAAGCUUCACCUUAGCGAGUGCAAUGCUUUAAUCUUUAUUGUUUUCUUUUGUUUUUGAUUGGUUUAUGUGAGUGAAUAUAGCUAUUGCGAGCAUGAUUUUCCCAUUUGCGCCUUCUCA